ACAAGUAGCAACCCCGGCCCCGUUCGUCGUGGACUUCGGAACCAUGCAUCCUAUACAUAGCGCGCAAACCUCUCACUGUAGCGCGUCUUCACGCAGAUACAAGCAGCAAGCAUUAGCUUCCCAUCGAGCAUUUGCUGCCGAUAGACGAUGAAGCGGCUCACGCAGGAUGAGGACCAAGAGCAGGAGCAGGAGCCGGGUGUCAUCCUAAGCGUGGCCCAGGGGGUCACGCUGCUGCUCGCGCGCAGCGGCGGCGGCGGCGAGCCGCGGGCCUCGCCGCGCGUGUUCGAGUGCAAGACGUGCAGCCGCCGGUUCCCGUCGUUCCAGGCGCUGGGCGGGCACCGCGCGAGCCACAAGCGCCCGCGGGCGGCGCCGGCCAAGGGCCGCCCGCACGGCUGCGGGGUGUGCGGCGUCGAGUUCGCGCUCGGCCAGGCGCUGGGAGGCCACAUGAGGCGCCACCACCGCGCCGUGGCCGAGGAGUGCGAGGCGCGGGACGGCGCGGCGGCUAGCGCCCACGGGAUGGACGUGGACGACGCCGAGGCGAAGCCGGAGGAGGAAGCGACAGGCCUGCUGCGCUUUGACCUCAACAUUGCCCCAUCAUGAUUCAUGACGGAGCCGGAGGAUCGGGGAUUUCAUUCGUUUUUUUUUUCCGUCGGCCCCUUCUGGAUUUGCAAUAAUUGCGGGGUUCUUUUUAUACAAAACCAUAGAACACCUGCAAAACGAUUGAUUGAUUGGUUUAGUGCACUCCCGUCGAUUGAAGAAGAAAAAAGAUUGAUCUGUACAUGAUACUGCGUGUAUGUAAUGUAACUCUCGUUAAAGUAACACAAAUGCUUCUUUUCCCA